AUUUGAGGAAGCUUCUAAUGUAAUUAAAGAAGAUUUUCCAGAUAAGAAUCAAGUUGUAUUUGCCAGAGUAGAUUGUGAUCAGUACUUGCUUUCCAGAUGCGGCUUACAGCUGCGAGCCUGAAGCUGCAAAAGGCAAGGGCUGCCUUGGCACCACCAGCUGACGCAAAUGUAUCGCAACGAUGGCAAAAUGCUGUUGCCGCACAAGUACAGGAGCCCGUUGGUUAUCCUGGAGCAGCUUUUCCAUCCGAGUGCGCCUGCCCGGAGGCCUCGCAGAAGCAGAGAUGGGUGGGAGGCCUGAGAGAAACCGCCUGUUCCAGGCACCAGCAUGGCACUGAGGGCUGCCCGAUCGCCCACCCACCACCUGGACAGGCCCAGAAGUGGCACAUUCCUUGGUUUCAGGCUGGACGUGGGGUCCAAGGCAGAGCAAGUGGCAGGUGCCUGCAGGCCUCGCAGAAGCCAAGAGCUGACAUAGCUCAAAGAUAUAGAAUAAGUAAAUACCCAACCUUGAAGUUGUUCCGGAAUGGAAUGAUGAUGAAGAGAGAGUAUCGAGGUCAGAGAUCAGUGACAGCAAUAGCAGAUUAUAUCCGGCAGCAGAAAAGCAAUCCAAUUAGAGAAGUACUAAGCUUGGAAGAAAUUAACUCUCUUGAUCGCAAUAAAAGAAACAUUAUUGGCUAUUUUGAACAAAAAGACUCUGAUAAUUACAGGAACUUUGAAAGAGUAGCAAAUGUUUUGCAUGAUGACUGUGUUUUCCUAGCUGCAUUUGGGUCUGUUUCCAAACCAGAAAGAUUUAGUGGGGACAACAUAAUAUAUAAGCCAACAGGGGAAAAUGCUCCAGAUAUGGUUUACUUGGGUUCUAUGACUAAUUUUGACUUGGCUUAUGCAUGGACUCAGGACAAAUGUGUUCCUCUUGUUCGUGAAAUUACAUUUGAAAAUGGAGAGGAAUUGACAGAAGAGGGUCUUCCUUUCCUUAUACUCUUUCAUAUGAAAGAUGAUACAGAAAGUUUAGAAAGGUUCCAGCAGGAAGUUGCACGGCAGUUAAUAAGUGAAAAAGGUACAAUAAACUUUUUACAUGCUGAUUGCGACAAGUUCAGACAUCCUUUGCUCCACAUUCAGAAGAGUCCAGCAGAUUGUCCUGUUAUUGCUAUUGAUAGUUUUAGACAUAUGUAUGUUUUUUCAGACUUCAGUGAUUUGGCUGUUCCUGGUAAACUCAAGCAAUUUGUACUAGAUUUGCACUCUGGAAAAUUGCACAGAGAGUUUCAUCAUGGUCCGGAUCCAACAGAUGUAGCACCUGGUCAGCCACUCCAGGACAUAGUAAGCAGCCCACCAGAGAGUUCAUUUCAGAAGCUAGCACCUAGUGGACAUAGGUACACCUUACUGCGGGAAAAAGAUGAACUCUGAAGACUUGAAAACGACGUUCAGUCAGCAGUUGUAACUCCUGUGGGGUGGAAAUAGGAAACCUAUAUUUUCUUAAAUUCUGUUUGUUUUAUUUUGAAUAAUAUCUUGUUUUUCUGUGCUCCCUGGGGUUUGUAAAUAUGUGUGGGUCACUUUUGGACAGCAUCUUUCCAAAGUUUUUCUUGCUGCAAAUUGAUGUAAAACUUUUUUAAACAAAUGAAAGUGUUGUGAAUAUCAGCAACAUGCUGUUAACUUGCACUAUCCAAUUAAACAGGACUUCUAGUUUUUCAUUGGUGUAAUCUGGUGGUAUGACUGUCUUAUCUUUUUCCUCAAGUGAACAUAAUUUUGUUAAUUUGCUAUUGAAGGAAUAUCCUGAAUACUUGGGUGGGGAAUAAAUUGCAAUUUUACAGAAUUUGUGUGAUGCUACCUCACUUACUUUUACCAUACAAUUCAUUUUAAAGUGGGAAUGAAAUGGAAAAGGUGUUCAGUGGGGCUUAUUCUCAUUUGUUGAAGUAUUUGUGGCAAUGAUGGAAAAUUGUUAAACGCACAUCUUUUAGCUUAAAAAGCAUAAUCCCAAUAAAUAGAUUUUGGGGGAGUCGCUCCUCACAUCCCUUUUAUUAGAACUAUCCAUUUAUUUCUUUUUAAGCAGUUAAUAACCUAACCUAAUGUUCUCUUUAUUCCAUGAUUCUUUAUUUAACUCUAAUUAUGAAUACUCAUAUGAUGAAGUAAUAAUUGAUAGAAAUACCACUGUCUGCAAAACAACAUUUUUGUCAUUUAUAUAUAGAUGCAUAAUAACAUUUUAAUGUUCAAAACAUUUUGAAACUUUAAUAGAAAGCAUUAUAAAAAAAUUAUUAGAGGGAUCUUUUUAAAGUCCAGAAGGUGGCAGCAUGUGGAAAAAUGAUCUUAUUAAUAUUUGAAUGGUAGACCACCAAGAAAUUCCAAGACUAUAGUUAGCCUGGAAAAUUGGAAAAUACAAGUGGAAGAAAACAAUUUCCACAUUAUCAUAUUGUUACCGAUAAAAAUAUCUGGUAAUGGAACCACACUCAAUUUUUAAAAAGUUUUAAAUAUAAUGAUGUUGUUAUUGAGUCCUUGGUGUACUCUGAGCUUGGUUGUUACUUUGCAGACAUUUCAUUACCCAUCUAGGUAACAUCAUUAGUGCUAGGAAAUGUAAAGAAUGUGAAUGGAGUGGGGCAAACCUACUCUUGUCUACAGGCCAACAACAAAGUUUAGAGAGCACCAAUUACUUUACAGUUCAGUCUUAUGCUACAUAUAUUCUAUUCUGUUAUUGUUAUAUUAAUUACUUGUUUAAUAAAAUUUUGAAUUUUCAGACUUUAUUUAGAACAAAAUUGCAGUUGUAAUCAGUCUUCAGUAUGUAUGCCGUAUUGGGUAAAACCUUGUUGAUGAGGCAGAGGCCAAUCAGAAUGUCUAAAAGUAAAAGAAUCUUGAGGUUUUUAAAGAGUAUGUAAUCCUGAAACCCAGUCCUAAUUUAUACUACACAGUCAAUAAAUAUCUAAGUUUGUUCCUAUUUUCAAGAUCAAAGUGUUAUCUUAGAAUACAUGAAAUUACUAUAGUUCCUUCACAAUUAAAUAGAUUUGAACUACUGAUAGUUGUGGAUUUCCAUAAUACAGGGCUAAAAUGCUGUCCCUUAAUACAGAUUGUUUUCAAAUAAAUCAGAUUCAUUCUAAUAUUUUGAAUUGACAUAUUUCUUCAAUUACAGCAUGCUUUUACUUGUUGUACCAGUGUUCAUGUGUUAAAAUGUAUGGUAAUAAAUAAUUAUUAGCAUUUUUCAA